CGUGACGUGACGUGACCACACCUGCAGUGGACUUCCGGAGAGUUUCACAAACAACAACAGAAGAAAAACAAGUGGAAGAAGAGUAAGAAGAGGAGGAAGAAGAAGAGGAAGAAGAGGAAGAUCAGAUCGUCAAGACGAUCGGCCUGAAGACACUCUGACAGGAAGAUGGACGACGGCGGGGGGACAAAGGUGACACAAGAGGAGGAGGUGGUGAAGUCCGCCAUGAUGGAAGCCAGCACGCUGCAGUGGCCAGGAGACAGACAGACAGGUGGACAGACAGGUAAAGGUGACAGGAUGAGUGUGAGGUCAGACGUGUCUCUCCGAGAUGCAGCGAGCUGGACGGAGAGCGAGAGGGAGCUGAUGGCCGAGGGGAGGGCGAGGAGGGGCGGGGCAGGUGAAGACAAGGCGUCGGGGCCGGCGGUGGAGGGGGCGGAGUCGAGGGAGACACACCUGGAGGAGGAGGAGCCUGCGGAGAACCGCCUGCCGGAGAAAGCAGCUCAGGUGUUCAGUCCUGCAGUGACCGUCCUGCACUCGCCCUCCUCACCCAGAGAGAGCGAGGCAUUCUGGGAGUUAGAGAAGAGCCCCUUCCUGGAUCCCCAAGGACUACAGGACUACAACCAGCAUGGCUACCAGUAUGACUGGACCCAGGACACACCCCCUCCCAGAUGUGGGCGGGGCUGUACUGGCAGAGACACUCUGAAGAUAGGCGUGUCCCUGAUGAGUUCGGCGCUCUUCUUCCCCGUCCUGGUGUGGGGGGGUUAUGUCUUCUUGCCGUUUGACGCCCCCCUGCUUGAUGGCGCCCCCCUCAGACUCGUCUACACACUGCGCUGCUCCGUGUUCGCCGCCACACCCAUCAUCCUGGGUUGGCUGGUUCUGGGUGUCAGUCGGCUCAAGUUGGGUGUUGUUCGGCCUCUGUUUGAUGAGGAGGUGAAGGAGGCGGAGCUUCAGGAUGUCAGCGUGCACCGGCGCUUUGUCUCUGACUCCGCCUCCCUGUUCCUGAUCUACUUCCUGCAGCUGGUCGUCAUGGCAAUGUACCUGAGCCAGGAGCAGCUGAAGCUCGUCCCUCUGCUCACCAUCAUCUUCGCCUUCGGACGGCUGUUUUACUGGGUGGCCGCAGCCUUCGGCAGCAGUGUUCGAGGUUUCGGUUUCGGCCUCUCCUUCCUGCCAAGUCUCGCCAUGAUGGUCACCAACAUGUACUUCAUCUUCUCAGUCGAGGCGUCGGGGUCCAUCUUCAGCUUGCCUCCUCCUCCUGAGGAGGUGCUGACUCCACCCGCCGGUAGACAGAGGUUCUGGGGAUGAGAGCUGAUCCAUCAAUAACCUCCCUGUCAGGUUGAAAUAUUGCAAAUCAACUUUGUUUUUUUAAACUUUAUUUUUUUAUAAACUAAAUCUGAAAACAAAAAGCUGAAAAAACAAAACAAAAAUCAGUUGAUAAAAGCUGUUUUAUUUUGUAAUGUUUAAAAAGAGAAACAACGUUGGUAAAAAGGAUCAAAGUUUUUAAGGAUAACAUGUAACUCCGCCCACCAUCUGAUGUUUGUUUCCUGUUUACUUCCUGUUUAUUUUGUAUUGAUUUUAUGAUCAUUAAACAUUUGAUAUUUGGUU